UAGAGAUAAAGUAAAAUAUUAAGCUGGAGGAUUUAAACUUCUUUCUAUCAGUGAGGUUAUCAGAGUUCACCAAAGUUAAAGUGUAAGAUUAAAUCAGUAAAUGAGAGAUUAAAGUUAGUUUAGAGUUGUACUGUAUGAGAGUUUAAGCUUUAGACUGAGAGAUGUGUCACUGCAGUGUAGUUAUAAAAGCUCUGAUUUUACUCACAUUUUCUCUCCAUCUUUCAUCAGCAGUGACACACUCUCUGCAGUACCUCUACACUGCAGUUACUCCAGGAAUAAAUGUCCCAGAAUUCACUGUUGUGGGUCUGGUGGAUGGACAGGAGUUUGAGUACUACGACAGUGACCUCAGUAAGGUGAUUCCAAAGACAGAGUGGAUACUGAAGGUCACUGUUAAUGAACCAAAUUACUGGAACAGACACACAGAACUUUAUCACUUUUGGCAGAAGAACUUCAAAACCGGUCUGAAUAUGGUAAUGAAGGACUUUAAUCACACUACAGGAAUUCACACAUUACAAUGGAUGUAUGGCUGUGAGUUUGAUGACAGAACCGGGUAUGUGCGGUUAGGAUAUGAUGGAGAAGAUUUCCUCUGUCUGAAUGUAACAACUAAAACCUGGAUUACAGCCAAACCUGGAGUUGUGAUCAGUGAUCGGAUUUGGGAUUAUAUUAAUGGUUUGAGUACUGAUGGCCAGAAGAACUAUGUGAGCACCGACUGUAUCCAGAGGAUAAAUCAGUACGUGUCUUAUGGCAGAGAGACUCUGGAGAGGAAAGUUCAUCCAAAGGUGUCAUUGUUCCAUAAACAGUCUUCUUAUCCAGAGGUGGUGUGUCACGCUACAGGUUUCUUUCCCAAAGCACUAAAUAUCACCUGGCAGAAGGACGGAGAGGACGUGCAUGAGGACGUGGAGCUCAGAGAGACGUUACCCAACCAGGAUGGAAGCUUCCAGAAGAGAAUCAUUCUGAAAGUCCCAGCUGAGGAGCUGCACAAACACAACUACACCUGCGUGGUUCAGCACAGCAGCUUGGAGAAGGAGUUAGUGCGAGAAGUACCAAAAGGUGGAGCACCGAUUGCUAUCAUCACUGCUGUAGUCGCGGCUCUCGCGGCUCUCGCUGCUCUCGUCGCUGUUGUUGCUGGAAUUGUGGUCUGGAAGAAGAAGAACUCUGGCUUCAGACCUGUUCCACCCAAACCCUCCUCUGAAGGAGAUUCUUCAAAUACAAGCUUAAAGUGUAACUGUGGGGACAACGACACACUGUGCUUGGACUAAAGCAAUGACUCCCAUGAGUUCAUAAACACUUUUAAAGUGUAUUUAUUUUGUCAUAUUUUUUAAGUUAGUUAUCGGUCAGUAAGUUGUUAA